GAAUUUGCAAAACAGAGUUCGUUUGAAGUUCAAGCAUUUUCAGAAGCUAUUCAAUUCUUCAGGCAAGAAAAAGGCCAUUAUGGGUCCUGGGAAAUGAAUCAUGGCAAUGAAGCAUUGAUUCUAAGCAACCUGGUGAUGGAAGAACUGUUACCUUCCCUGCAAAGUGACAUCUUGCCGAAAAUGAAGGGCAAGAAGAACGAAAAGAGAAAGGCCUGGUUCAGCAUUGUGGAAGAUGCUUACAAUUUAGUACAAAACCAGCUUGCUGACGGAUUUCAGAACCUACAAGAUGAGUGCAAAGGAUCUAACAAGGAACUGGAGGGGAUAAUUCGUUCAGAUAUGGAUCAGAUCAUCUCCUCAAAGGAAUUUACUGCUGGGAAACUUAAAGGUGAAUACAGAGAGAUAAAAGAAUACACAAUGUGUGAAGGGCACUCAGCUUAUCAAGUCCAUUACUGCUGCAGACCAUGUAAGAUGUUCCCAGAUCACUCAAUCUCCUCCAAGAAGGCAAUCAAUCUAAUAUAA